AUUCUCUGGAGUUCCACCCAGUAACCUCGGCAAUAACACCAAGCUUGUUGAUUGGAUGCCUCAGAAUGACCUAUUAGGACAUGCCAACACAAAGGCCUUCCUGAGUCACGGUGGUCUGAACAGCAUCUACGAGGCCAUGUAUCACGGGGUGCCGGUGGUAGGUGUGCCCCUGUUUGGAGACCACUAUGACACCAUGACUCGUGUGGCAGCCAAAGGUAUGGGUAUCAUGCUACACUGGAAGUACAUGACAGAGGAAGACCUUUAUACAGCCCUGAACAGCGUCAUCAAAGACAACAGGUACCGCCAGCAAGCACAAACUCUUUCCAACAUUCACAAAGACCAGCCAGGCCAUCCAGUGACCAGGGCCGUCUACUGGAUCAGCUACAUCCUGCGUCACAACGGUGCCGACCACCUUCGCUCCGCUGUGUACGACGUGUCCCCCUACCAGUACUUCCUGCUGGAUGUGAUUUUCACUGUCGGAGCGGCCCUGGCUCUGUUUGUCUUUGUACUGCGACGGUUGGUACGAAUGCUGAGGGGGAAGACCGAUGACAAGAGAAGAGGAGAUGGCGUCUCCAACGAUGACGGUAACAUGGCCAACGGACAUUGUCAUAGCGAGAGCCUGGCCAAUGGGAAGCACAAACGCAACGGCUCCUUGAAAAACGAGAAGAAGAUUAACUAAUGUUUCAAAUGGCCAAGAAGGACGAGGAGGAAGUUGCCCCAAGGACUCAGCUCUAGGUUUUGUUAAGUGAUUUUAUAAAAGCUUUGAAGGAAAGAGUUUCUUAGUUCUGUGUCGAAUGGCAACUGCUACUCAAAGCGUGAAAGAGGCUGUAGGAGGAUACACAAUGAAUCGUGUGUGGCAUCGGGUGCUCAAAAUCUGUGUUUGUGUGUUUGUAUGUGUAUGUGUGCACUGAGGCAAAUUUAACAAAAACUCUUAACAAAAGCAGCUACAGCAAAACAACACCAAAUAGGAAAGUGAUUAAGAAUGAAACACAGGAAAGACACAUUAGCAGGAAAUUGUCUCUCCUACAUGAUCUCUGUUGUCUUCCUGCCUUCCUUACCAGUGAAAGGAUGAUGAAGAGGAGAAAUCCUGAGCGCCAACAACUCAUCCUUAGAAAACAAAUAGAUAACUUUUGAAAUAGUUAGAUUUAAUGUCUUUAACUGCAAACUCUGCUUCUUCAAAUGUCUGGUGAACUGUAAAUAGAGAAAACAUCUAUUUAUUACUGUAAAAAAGCUUUUUAAUGAAGGACCUUUUUAACCUCUUAUUCUUGUUUUUAAUGUAUUACAUGUAUCAAUGGUGUUAGAGCAUUAUGUUAAUUGUACACUCCCUCUUUACAACAUUGUGUGCGUCCUAAAAGUGGAACAUACAAAACAAAGACUGAGAGCUGCAAUCAUUAUACGUUUGCACAGGUCUUUGCUUUGUACAGUUGCAUUAUCCACAGAAUUCACGGUCGUCUUAUUUUCAGAUUUAUCAGUGUUGAAAACAUUCAAAUUGUUUCCCUUUUGACAUGUUAGGGCCAUCCCGUGACUUUACUGUUUGUUCUUGUAAAUAAUAUCUCAACUGUAUUUGGCUUAACAAUGUGAAAAGGAAUAUCAUGUUACCAUUAAAACAUAUAAUACAAUAAAGGCUACUACCAAUGAUACUGUGGAAAGGCAGAGACUGCUCUAGAUGUGCUUAAGUCAUGUGAUCAGGGAUGAGUCAGAGCAUUAUUGAUUUAUGACUACUCGCUCCGUGAGUCCACUAUCUUUAUUCUGAAUCCCUCAUCCAUUAUAAGUGAUUAGUGAGAAUUCAUCACUUGUUGGCCAUUUUUAGUGCUACACUUGAUUUUGUACAUCAUUCCUAUAUGAUUGGAUUGAAUGUUAAUUUCUAACAAAGCUUGUUUCAAAUUACACAGUUCAGGUAGAAAUCCAUUCAAGACUUCUGCAAAUUAAAUUCUAUUAGAUUUAUUAAUUGAGUUUUUAAAAAAAAACUAAAAUAACUAGGUAGGCCUUAUGUAAUUAUAUUAAAAUUGAAUGUGAAUGAUUCACAUUCUAUUUGUGGCCUUUUGUAAUGCAAAUAUUUCUUUAUGCAGCAUGAUGGAAUAUAUUUGUACCGGUAGUUGUGCUUGUUACUAUUAAAUUAUUGUGGGUUAGAUCACUUAGACUGAGUGUAUGGAUGAACCAAGGAACGUUAGGUAUGUUUUAGCCCACUAAGAGAUGUUAAAACAAACAUUGGCUUUUCAGCCAUUCUGUGAAGUCAUCAAAUUAGGUGUACAUCCAUGCACUUGAUUCUUUAUUUCAUUCAAUAAGACCAAAGUUGCACCCUGUAGCUUUUUUUGAUCUUAUGUGUCAAUCCACUCCAAGUUUGCUCUGGUUUCUAGGCUGUCUGUUAAUUCUUAAUGCAGAUGGAGGAAGGGUGUAAGGAGGGACUUAGUUCCUUACUACUUCUACAAUGAGUAAUACCAUGUCAAAGUGACACUGAUCCUUGCAAAGAAAUUAUCUUUACUUGAACCCCUGUCGAUGAGAUCAAAGUACAGGGCGAGCAGAAUAGUAUUUUUAGAGUUAGUCCGGAUUUGGUAUUGUGCUAAUGGGCAUUUCAGGAGGGAAUGUCUUCCCAGACUUGCAGAUGGAUGGUUUAUCACACCACCUGGUCUAAAUAAAUGCAUUUAUUUUCCUCCAUUGUUCAAGCAUCACAGCACAGACAUCUAUAUUUGGAUUUGGAAAAUUGGCAUUCAGAUAUUGUUUAGCAACUUACUCAAGCAUGGACAAUACAGCAGUGUUUUUACAGGAAACGAAAGAAAAUGCUAUCACUUAAAUGUCAAAAAUGGUUGUUGGCUGCUAAUUCAAACCACAUGUGUAUUCACAUAUCCUGUAUGAUAAUAAAUAAAAGUUAAUUAUGUUCCUUUCUCUGUGAGCGACGACUGCACUUGCACAGCCCAACCCUGCCCUGCUGAAAACAAGCCAUUAUACUUGAAUCAUUGUCAUUAUAAUCAUCUUCUAUAAAAGUUCAACUGAUGGGUUAGCAAGGUGGGCCUGCAAGUGCUACACAAGCUAUGAACAGGGUCUGGAGAGAGAAAAACACAAAUUGUGAAUAUAAAUAAUUUUUCAUUAUUUUCAGUAUAAAUGUUAAAGCUCUGGUUAAAUGUCCACCCAUGCCCAUUCUUUACUCGUCUGUUCCCUGCAGUCCGACAUGUCUCUGUUCUUGUGGCGUUUGCAUUUCAUCAGCUUGAAUUUCUCUUUGUUCUGUCUUCAAUAGUGCACUGCCUGUUCCAUUUGUCCACUUCUUUGUCCUACUUUUUCACUUCCUGGUGUCAUUGUAUUCUUGUGUCAUUCCUCCUCUCACGCCUUAAAUAUCAAAAGUCUGCUUAUUUUUUAAAAACCUUUUCACUUUGAUUUUCAAAUGACAAAGUCCUCAAUUUCCCUGUCAUGUGUGUCCAUGUUGUAAAUAGAACAGUGUAAACAAAAUACUAAUGCUGAAUAAAAAUUACAUAUUUUGUUUGCA